AUGAAAGAGACGAGAGAGAAUAUAGAAGAUGCAGUCGGAGAUAUGAAAGAAGAAAGACUUAUAAUCGGCGGGGAUUUCAAUGCAAGAAUAGGUUUAGAAGGGUCAUUUAGUAACGAGGAUAGGAAGGACAAAGAAACGAGAAAAUCGAGAGAUAAAAUAGAAAACAUAGAAGGAACCAGGCUAAUAGAAAUGGUAGAAGACUACAGAUGGGAAAUAAUGAACGGUAAUUUUGAAGGAGACGAAGAAGACCCAGCAAUUAAAGAAGACAUCAGAAGUUUCAGGAUAGAAGAUAGGAUAUAUUCAGAUCAUUUACCACUGAAAUUAGAAAUUUAUGGAGAAACCAGCGCAGAGAAGCAAGAAGAAGAGAUAUGGAAGGAGAGACGGCUUUGGACGGAGGAAGGAAAGAGACACUACUAG